AUGGAUGCGGAACAUGUUUCAGCCCAGGUGAGGGUUCGCUUCUUUGAGGGUGAUCCAAACCAACCAUCAUGGGAAAACUAUGCAGAGGAAGUUGACCGUCAUCAACAAGCGGCACUUGUUGUAUCAGUGCCACCAUACAGAGAAGAUAUUGAAGCUGAAGUUCAGAUACAAUUAGAAACGACUAAUAGUGAUGGGUCCGUAAUCAGAAGUGAGGCAGAAAAUUUCUCAUAUAGGCCACUGAGACCCUCUGAGAAAAGGUGGCUCCCGAUUCCUGCAAACUCCAGCAGUCCUGCGAACCAAAAAAGAUCAAGGACAACUAGUGGCAGUUUAUCUGAAGACAACAUACCGUUUCAAAGAUGGGGACAGCAUUUGAGUAUGGGGCACUCCUCUGAUAGUGUGAACUGGCAAAAUCAAGCUCCCAAUCUGCAAAGGCCCCCAGUUGAAGAAAGGAGCUCAUCACAGAAUGCGCACUAUUUGGAUGACAUGAAUCUAAGUGAUUUUCCAGGUUUUUACAAUGUUGGUGCGAACAGUAAAGCUGUUUUCUUUUUUGUCCCAUUUUUUCGCGAAUUGUCUUACCGGAUAGGAUUCUUAUUAUGGAUCGCUUAUCUCAUCUUAUGGUGUUGGAUCAGCCCAUCGGAACUUGCCAAAGACAAGAGCUGCUCAUCUGCCGCUGCAAAACAUGCGAUCCCCAGCCUUUUCGAAGUUGCAAAGACUGGCGAUGCAGGGGAAUUGCAAAAAAUUUUAAAACGCAUGACAGAGACGGAAAAGUUGAAAUUGAUAAAUGGGAGAAAUGAACAAGGGCAGACACCCCUCAAUAUUGCUGUUCGGCGAAAUAACUUUCAAUGUGUCAAGCUUCUUUGCUCAGCAGGGGCAAAUGUUAAUUUAGCAGACAAGGAAGGGAACACACCCUACCACAUUGCAGCAAAGAGAGACCAUACAGAUUGCUUAGAAACACUACUUAAAGUUGAGGACAGAGAACUUGACAAGAAAAAUUUUGAAGGUGAUGCAGCUCUUCAUUUGGCAGUGCGGUGCAACAGCGUUGAAAGUGCAGAGAUGCUCAUAAGAGCAGGAGCCAAUGUUAAUAAGAAAAAUGACACUGCUGGAUCGACCCCACUACAUUUAGCUGUUCUAUUUGACAACAGACAACUAGUUAACCACUUGUUGAUACAGAAAAAUAUCAAGAUUCAUGAAGUGAACUACGAGAGCAAAACAGCUGCUGCGUUAGUAAAAGCUGAUCAAAAAGACAUUUCCUAUUUAUUCAAAGAGCUGCAGAGUAGGACAGUGACGAGGAGAAGAAGUAAAGAGAUGAAGAUGAAUCAAACAUGGAUGAUUAACAAGAACUUGCAUGAGUUUCUUAAGCAUGAUUGAAUUCCAUUCAUUCAUUCAAACCUUUCUUUGCAAAGCGUCAUUUACAUUUAGUCGUUAGUGAUUAUCUCAUGCUAACGUGUAGUAAUAUUUAAUACGUAUUAUUAAAUAUAGGUAUUAUUAAAUAUAUGUAUUAAAUUUGUAUUAUUGUUAUAGUGUUGUUUCACGGUCUGUAUCUGUACUCCGAUCUAUGUUGACCAAUGUUAACCAAUUAAAUUGUACAGCCCUAAAGAGGAGUUUGACUCCAUAGGCAGCCAGAAAAUGUUAAAAAAAAAAUAAAAAAUGUUAAAAAAAACUUAA